GAACCUUAUUGGCAUACCUAAACUUAAAAAUCACCUCUAAUGAGCGCCUACGAUGAGAACAUUCAUAAAGCAGGCAUUCGUGGUGUCAGGAGCGGCUCUGAACAUAGCGGGACAUGGGUGCGCGCACGGCUACCCAGCAGUGCUGUUCGCUCAGAUCAAGACAGACGGCGGACCUGUGACGCUCACCGACCAUGACACGUCGUGGAUUGCGUCAGCAGUUGGCGCCAUGGGUAUCGUCGGCAACUUCAUCUCCCCAGUCCUGAUGACUCGCUUUGGCAGGCAGAAAGCACAUUUGCUAUGCACAGUACCAGCGUUACUUGGCUGGAUAGUGUUCGUGCUCGGCAACUCGGUGCCUGCAUUCCUCUUUGCACGGAUACUCCAUGGUCUAGCGUUAGGCUUAAGGACACCCUUAGCUGCGAUAUUAGUAGCAGAAUACACGGAGCCGAAGUACCGAGGAGCCUUCUUAGGAACCUUCGCAGUAUCUCUAGGAUUGGGCAUCAUGUUGUCUCACGUCUGGGGCGCACAUUUGACGUGGAAAAUGACAGCCGUAGUCUGCUCAGCAUUCCCACUGGUAGCUAUGGCAAUUAUAAGUCUGUCUCCUGAAUCGCCCAGUUGGCUCAUAUCCAAGGGUCGCCCUGAUGAAGCCAGGAAGGCGUUCCGAUGGCUUCGAGGAGAGGGAGAAACUCAGAACGAAGAAUUAGAAUCUAUGAUAAGGAACAACGAAAGACAGAAAGAAAAUAGUUACAAAGGAAGCGAACGUCGUAUCAGAUUUAGAUGGUACGAUUUCUUCGAUUCCCUUGCCAAGACUUUAAAGGCUGUGCUGAAAAUAUUCAAGAAGAGGGAAUUCUUCAAGCCGAUGAUUGUUGCGAUAUGUAUGCUGCUUGCCUUCGAAUUCGGCGGUGCUCAUAUGAUUCCAGCUUACGGCAACUUAAUUCUGCAAUCAGUUUUGAAUAAAGCUGAUCCAAACGAUGUAGCUUGGCAGUUCACAGUGAUAGAUAUGCUAAGAACAGUUUGUGCGUUAGUUGCUAUAUUUUUGCUGAAAAGUUGCAAGCGACGCACAAUUUUAUUUGCUAGUGGAAUAAUGACUGUAUUAUCACUAACAUUAAUAUCCAUUUUCGUAUAUUUAAGAAAAGCUGAGGUCGUAACAAAUUCGGUCCUGCUAGAUUCGGUUCCGAUGUGUUUGAUGGUAAUUUACACUGUGUCUUUCUGUUUGGGUCUAGUUCCACUAAACUGGGUGAUUUGUGGGGAAGUUUUUCCUCUAGCAUACAGAAGUCUUGGAUCAACCAUAUCCACAUCCUUUUUGACUCCUGCUUUCGUCUUAUCAAUGAAGACAGCACCACAUUUAUACUCUUCUAUAGGAGUCGAAGGUGCGUUUUUAGUAUACUCAGGUACGCUAACAGUUUGCUUACUAAUUAUGUAUAGUUUACUGCCAGAAACUAAAGAUAAGACUCUACAAGAAAUAGAAGAUAGUUUUAAGAAUAAGAGAGAAGAUCCUGAUACGCAAUUAAGUCUUAUUAAAACGAAUUUGGAAGCAAAUUGAGACGCUAGUG